UGCGAAGCAUCUCCUUAUCUGGAUAAGCGACAAAUGGUCCAUGUUAACAAUGUUCGUUUAACGAUGUGAAGCUCAGAGGUGAAAACCGUAAACACACGCGGCACGUACUUUUUAGGGCGUAGUAGAUGUGUACGAAUUGACAUUAAGGCCAAUAAAUGCACGAAUAUUUGUAUCUCCGUAAACGUGGCAAAGUCUCGUUACCAAACAAACAGGAAAAGUCUAACGUUAGGUAUAACAGCUCAUAUUUGAUGAAGUUUGCAUCAUUGAUCGUUAUGUUCUGUUUAUUACUGUGAUUUGAAACUAUCUGUAUUGUAUAAAGAGCUAUAAUAAUAAAUGUGGCUUGACUGAGAUCUGCCUGACAUUCUCGUAAAGAUGGAGUUUAUUAAAGAUGACACUGAAGACAUGAGUGAUGCAGAAGCAUGCAGAGUGAAAGAUGAAGAUACUGAAGAACAAAUAGGUUGACCUGAUGCAAGCAAAAGAAGAAAGUCAAGUGAAUGACACGGAGGAUAAAUAUCUUUAUCAGGAAGCUCACAGUUUCAGAAGUGGAGAAAAAUCUUUUAGUUGCUCAGAAUUGAAAAAGAAUCUCUCACAAGAAACGACGCAGAGAACUGAAACCAACAAUUCUUUCAUCUGCCCUGAGUGUGGGAAGAGUUUCACACAUAAAGGACACUUCAAUGAACACGUCAAAAUUCACUCUGGAGUGAAGCCUUUCACCUGCCCUCAUUGUGAAAAGAGUUUCACAUGCAAAGGACACCUUAAAAGGCACAUACGGAUUCACACUGGAGAGAGGCCGUACAUGUGCAAUCAAUGUGGAAAGAGUUUCAAAUGUGCAACGAACCUCAAAGAUCAUCAGCGCUCGCACUCUGGAGAAAGGGCGUUUAAAUGUGAUCAGUGUGGUAAAAAUUUUAUUUUGGCAUCAAACCUAAAGGCCCACAUGAAAAUUCAUACAAAUGAGAAGCCUUACGUGUGUGCUGUGUGUGGAAAGGGUUUUUUGCGCUUGGGCUGUUUUAAUGAUCAUCAGAAAAUACACACUGGCGAGAGAGCUCAUAUAUGUUUUGAGUGUGGGGACACUUUUACUAGAUCCAGUGCCUUGAAGCAGCACCAAAAAAUCCACACUGGAGAAAAACCUUACAAGUGCUCAUAUUGCGGAAAGGGUUUCACUCAUUCUGGAGCCCUGAAAAGACAUGAGCGAGUGCACACUGGAGAGAGGCCGUAUCACUGCACUGCAUGUGGGAGGAGUUUCACCCAGUCCAGUGAUCUACAGAAUCAUAUAAAAAAGCCUUGUCCAAUGUUGUCACACAGUGAGCAAAGUUCAUCUUCAGUUGCAGUUUAAACAGUGAGAAGUUCAGAAAAACACAGUUUCUGUAGUUGUGCUGAAUGAGCUGUCCUUCUGUGUAACAACUAGUUUUUACUUGCUUUACAAUGCAAACAUUUCCUUUAGAAAUGUAAGGUGUGUUGUUGCUGUCAAAAGCCACAAGUUUGAAGGAAUUUUUCUUCUGUGAUGAGAGUAGAAAUACUACUAAUUGUAUUGUUAAUGCACCAAUAUUCUUGCCUUUCGUUAGUCUUAGUUGUUGCAACUGACUCCACUGGAAUCAAUCAAUCAGUCAGUCUGGCUGAAAAUAUAUUUCAGGAAAUAAGGUUAUUUUGGUCAUUCCUUUUUUCUAACUGUGUCUAGCUUGGGCAUGGUUUCAUGAUAGAAUAGGGUAGCAUGUCUCGUACUGUAACUUACAUUCAAAGACACUAAUGUGUAGCAUAUAGUGUGUGAUGACAUUUCCAUAAAUAAAAAAAGGUACACUAAUUUUCCACUGUGUGUGACUCAUUCAGUGAGCACAGAACAGGUUUAACUCAGUUUUAAUCCAAACGAAUGUAAAUGUUGUAUCUCAGUUCUGCAUUAAAUAAAAUAUUAUUUUAGGAAGUGCUCCAGGGCCUGUUUUCCUAUCACAUUUUUUUUUUUUUUUUUAACUGUAUUGUAUUUUUUUUUUUAAUAAAACACUGUUACAUUACAUUUACUUACAAUAUUAAUAAUGAAAAAUAAAUUAAUAUAUAAAUAAACAUUAAGGGGAAAAAAAAAACACAUUGCUUUUUUUUAACGUACAGGCGACAACAUUGUCAAAACAAUCCCCAUUCACACGGAUCCACGAAAACGAUUAAAAGCGCUGUAUUAUGCUGCCAAUCCAGUAGUUUGCGGUGUCACUUUGUAAAGACACACAACGCACCUAUAGACAGAACACAUAAUAUGUAUGCGCACGGUGUUACCGUUUUCACAGAUUUGCGGUUUUGUAGUUCACGAUAACGGUAACAUUUUCAAAAACGUACACUUUUGUUAUCAGACUCCCAAAACGCUGUUGUAGUGUAAAUGAACAGCCAAAACACAUAAAAAGUUUUCAGUUUUUAGUUGGAAAAAAGGUGUAUAAAUGCCCGCUUAGAUUGCGUUUUUUGUUAGAUCCAGAUCCAGGGGGUGGAGAUGGGUAGCUUUAGAUCCAGAGGGUGGAAACGGGUAGGUUUAGGGAUAUGUAAAGUGGGAGGAGUUGGAUCUGGAUCCAACCUCGCCCCCUGGAUCUUGUGUUCUGCAGUGAAGAUCAUCUCGCUUUUAUGGUGAUACUGAAAACAGUUGCUGCUUCAGGCUGUCAAGAGCAGCCAGGCAAUAAUGGGCAAUAAUUAUAUUGUAUUAGAUCAAGUAAGAUCACACAAGGGGUUGUUUUUUUUUUUUUUUUUUUCGUGAAUCCUGGUUCUUCCUUGAAAGAAAAAUGAUCGUAGGAUUGUUUUUAGGAAACAUACUAAAUUUAUGGUUCUAUUUCUCAUUUUCUAGCAGCCAUGUUUUGCAAUGCUGUUAUCUCUUGUUGAUAUCAGCCCCACCCUGCUUCAUUAGGGAAUGCAACUUUUCUAUGCUACUUGUACCUCUUCUGCGUAUAAAGAAUAAUAAUGACAACACAACUGAGAUUUAAGAAGAAAAAACAUUUAUCGAAAUAAGUGAUUUAUAAGCAAUAAUAAUGACAACACAACUGAGAUUUAAGAAGAAAAAACAUUUAUUGAAGUAAGUGAUUUAUAAGCAAUAAUAAUGACAACACAACUGUGAUUUGAAGAUAAAGGAAAAAAAAACAGAUGUUUGACUUACAGAGAAAAACAAGAGAUAGCUGUUUAUGAAGCACAGCUGUCAUAAGAGAUAUAUUGGAGGAAGAGACGUGUUUGAUAACUUGUUUGUGUGUAAACAGUGAAAGAGAGUUAUGAGAGAUAACUGUUUAUAUAAAAAAAACUGAAAAGCGAUAUAUUGGAGGAAGAGACAUGUUUGAUAACUUGUUUGUGUGUAAACAGUGAAAAAGUUAUGAGAGAUAACUGAAAAAAACUGAAAAGUGAUAUAUUGGAGGAAGAGACAUGUUUGAUAACAUGUUUGUGUGUAAACAGUGAAAAGAUGUUAGCUGUUUAUGAAGUACAGCUGUCACAAGUGAUAUCUGUUUAUAAAAGAAAAAUUAUAACAGAGAUAGCUUGUUGGAAAUUAUAUGAAUUAAGUGAUAUCUGUUUAUAAAAGAAAAAUUAUAACAGAGAUAGCUUGUUGGAAAUGAUGUGUAAGAAAAACAGAAGAAUUUUUUUAUAUGAAAGAAUGUAGAAAAAAGAAAAACCCCAACAACAGAUGUUUGUAUUAAAGAAUGAAAGACAACUGGUAUUGUAACGCCUUUAUUAAAGCAUAUAUUAAUUACUUAUUAAAGAAGACAAGACAACUGUUAUUGUAAAAGUACUUUAAUAAGAAUGUAGUUUAUAAAGAAAAGAGACAACACACAAUUGUUGUAAAGCUUUAUUAAGAAUAUGUUUAUAAAGGAAGACACUACAACUGUUGUUUUAAGAUUUUAAUUACUUGUAUAGAAUGUUAGUAGAAUAUAUGUAAUGCUAGAAUGUAAUAAUGUAAAUAUUACAUUGUAUAAUAAACUAAUGUAAUAAAUAAAUGAACUUAUAACUUUAUAACUAAACGCGGCAUCAUGUGGCAUUAAUUUAAGUCGUUGAGCCUGAACAGACCAUGGAGAAGUCUGUCUGAUUGUAAGUAUUUUAAAAUGCUUAUAAUUGAGAUCAGAUUUGACUUGCUUACCUAACCUGAGAAUAAUAAAAAUAAGGUAAAGGUGCUUAGAGACGCAUCAUAAAACACUCUUAAUGUACAUUCUUCACUCAUGUUGUUUCUGAUUAGAUCUAUAACAACUGGAUUAUCACCCUUGAUUUUGAAAAGAGAACCAAUCAGAUGAACUUGUAGCAUUUACUACUCUGUCAAUUAUUGAUCUGCAGUUACUCUCUAUCAGGUCCAUCAUGCUAUCUUUGCACUUUUCAUCAUUUUAUACAUCUUUUACAACAUUGUUGGGCUGAUAUCAGAUCAAGACUCUUCUGUCAGUUGUUCUGUGCUUCAUAGCUCAAGCAUGGGGCAAGGGGGCACGAUACACACUUUUCUAUUUCUUUUGCAUAUCUUAUAUCUCUUUGGCUGUCAAGGUAGAUGUGAGGCAACACAACGAGUGAUCGAAUAUAAUGUAGAUGGCGGAAAAGAGGAUCUGUUUGAUGUUAAUGAAGAUGCGGGUCUUGAUCUUUUUGAAGGAGAUAUUUUAUAUGAUGAGAAACUGGGGAGAAAUUCUAUAAUUGGGGAUGAAUACAGAUGGCCAAAAACAAUUCCUUAUUACCUUGAGGAUGAUUUGGAUAUCAACGCAAAAGGGGUUAUCCUGAAGGCCUUUGAACAGUAUCGGUUGAAGUCAUGCAUCGAUUACAAACCAUGGAAUGGAGAAGAAAACUAUAUCUCUGUAUUUAAAGGCAAUGGAUGCUUUUCAUCAGUUGGGAACCGGCGAGUUGGCAAACAGAGGCUGUCCAUUGGCAGCGGAUGUGAUCGCAUCGCAACCAUUGAGCAUGAGUUUCUACAUGCAUUAGGCUUCUGGCAUGAGCAGUCCCGCUCUGACCGUGAUGACUAUGUCUCCAUCAUCUGGGACCGCAUUUUAGAAGGCAGGGAGCAUAACUUCAACAUAUACAACGACACUACAUCCAGUGCCCUGAACGUACCUUAUGACUAUGGUUCCAUGAUGCAUUACAGCAAGAAAGCUUUCCAGAAUGGCACUGAGCCCACCAUAGUCACCAAGAUCCCUGCCUUCAGUGACGUCAUAGGCCAGCGUAUGGAGUUCAGCGACAGCGACGUGCUCAAACUCAACAGACUCUACAACUGCACCAGCUCCUCCACAUUUCUGGACUCCUGUAACUUUGAAUCUGAAAAUAUCUGUGGAAUGAUCCAAAGCCAUGAAAAUGCUAACACUGCAAGCUGGCAGCGUGUUUCCAAAGCUGAAGGUGGACCAGAAACUGACUACACCAACAUGGAACGCUGUGAUGGAACGGGAUAUUUCAUGCACUUUAGCACUGCGGUUGGGAGGGAGGGGGACAAGGCGCUGCUGGAGAGCAGGAUUCUUUACCCCAAGCGAGGAUUCCAGUGCCUGCAGUUCUUCCUCUAUAACAACGGUCAUGCUAGUGACCAGCUCAGGAUCUGGACGCGAGAGUUCGACACGGCAAACCCGAAUGGGACCCUGCAUCUCAUUGAGCAGAUUGAAGCUCCUCCCGGUGACCUGUGGCAAAUCCAGCAUGUGAGCCUGAAUGUCUCCAAAAAGUUCCGUGUGGUGUUUGAGGGAAUUAAAGGGAGUGGAAACACAGGCGGACUCUCACUAGAUGACAUCAACCUAUCAGAGACCACUUGCCCUGAACAUGUAUGGAUGAUCAAGGACUUCAGAAGCAUUCUGGAGAACACGCCAAUGGACACUGCCAUUUACAGCCCGCGUUUCAGAUCUAAGGACGGCUACACCUUCCAAAUGGGCCUGUAUCCCAAUGGCACAGCUGGAUACCCAGGCGAGCUGGGAGCUUAUGCACACUUAACGUCAGGGGAGGAUGCCGUGGAUGACAGUCUGGUCUGGCCUGCUCAAUGGAAGCAGAUGACCAUGAUGCUGAUGGACCAGAAUGCAGACAUCCGCAAACGCAUGUCCAACCAGAGGAGCGUAACAACAGACCCCACAAUGAAUUUGGAAGGGACAGAACAUUUCUUCUGGGAUGAUCCACGUAAAGUUGGGGUAAAAGUAACAGAAGUCAGCGGGACAGAGUAUUUCCGUGGUCCAGGUGCUGGGACCCCUGUUUACCUCACCCAGGCCAGGGCACUGAGCCGAGACUUCAUCAAGGGCGGAGAUGCCAUCUUCCUCCUUACAAUGGAAGAUAUCUCUCAUCUGGUUGCUUCACAGCCCUUCCCUUCCACAACCAUGACUCCAACAAGCUUAACUCCUUCUGGAACACCCGGUCCAACAAAUCCAGACAACAGCACGUCAACCAACACAGCUACUGUGACCUCUCCUACAUCUGCCACCACCACUACACCUCAUGACCCGUGUGUGUCAGUAAAAUGCGAAAAUGACGGCUUGUGCACGCUGAAUGACGCAGGAGAGGCUGUGUGCAGGUGCAUGGUGGGAAAUGACUGGUGGCACUACGGUGACAGAUGCCAGUUUAAGAGCUCUGCCCAAAGCAACACCAUCACUGCUGUACUGGCGUCUGUCGUGGUGUUUGUUGUCAUGCUAAUCGUGAUGGUAGUCAGCGUGGUCUGUGUGAAGAAGCACCAGAGAAAAGUGCAGCUUGAUGGAGAGGGAAUCACCAUGAAAAACAUGUUCUCAUCCAAAGCAUGAGGAUAUGAUGUGUUCUCUAAGGCCUGUUCACAUCAAGAACGAAAACUAUACAGAUAACUAUGAUGAUAACUACAUUAGCGUCAACACCAGUGGACAGUAUAGUUCUGUUUAUUCUAAGCACGUGCUGCGGUUUUUUCAUCUUCCGCUUUAAACGCUCAAGCUCUUUAAAGCAGGGUGGAUUCUGAUUGGCUGUCAAUGUUUUUAUCGUUCAGCAGGAAAAAAUCUGGAAGUUCUGGAAGUGAUUCCAAAGAUAUCGUUUCUCUGUGCCGUUAUCAUUGUGCUGUGGACUCUGCUAUUCUUUUAUAUUUAGAAUUAUUUUUAGAACUAUAUCUUUAUCAUUAUAGUUAUCGUCCUGGGUGUGAACAGGCCUUAAUGUGUGACGUAUACAAUAAUGCUAUGACUCAUGAAAAUGCUUUUGCAAUUGAUUCUUUAAAUGUACAGUAAUUAAUAGGACAAACAGUAGUUUGUUCAGUGGCCCCCAAAAAGCACUUGUUCCCUGUCUAAAUUCAUGAACACACUUACAAUAAAACAUUUGAUAAAGAA